GCUACUGAUGCACUAAAGAAAAUGUAUAUGGAAUUUCCUCAACUAUACAAUAAUAGUAUUGUCUGCUCUUUCUUGCCAGAAGUUAUCUAUAAGAUGAGACAAACAGAUCAGAAUGUAGUAACAGCUUUAACUCACAGACCUUGGAGCCUUAGCCAUACAGGAGAUGGGAAACCACGCUAUGACUCUUACUGGAAACACUCCAUGUUUGUGAUAAUGGACAUUUUGCUCGAUUGGAGCAUGCAUAAUAUCUUGUGGUACCUGUGUGGAAUUUCAGCUUUCCUUAUGCAAAAGGAUUUUGUAUCUCCGAACUACUUGAAGAAGUGGUCAGCUAAAGGAAUCCAGGUUGUUGCUUGGACUGUUAAUACUUUUGAUGAAAAAAGUUACUAUGAAUCCCAUCUUGGCUCCAGCUAUAUCACUGACAGCAUGUUGGAAGACUGCGGACCUCACUUCUAGACUUUUACCCUUGGGAGGAAACACGGGUUCAAAAACUGCCUGCAGGCCUCGUGCAAGGCUAUCAGAAUAUCCUAUGUGCUAGCCCGGGCCCUGGGGGAUCAGGUGGCUCACACAAGCAAUAAUUGGUCAUUGCAUUUUUUACUUGAACCAAAGCAAAACCCAGUGUUGCCACCAUGCUCCAUGGGAUGCCUGAGUUCACUUGUUGCUCUUGAAAAUCUGGGUCUGAAAAAAGGCACAACAGCCCCUGCCCCAACCUAGCUGAGGCAUAUGAGACCCAGUGAGGAUAAGCACAGAUUGAGUUGUACAAUUUGGGGGUGCAGAUAUAAAUGCAUGGAACGUGCAUGAUAACUCAGAGCCGACAUUUUAAAACUUGCCACACUUAAGUAAUAUACUUAUUUUAAGUAUUUGAAUUCAGCUAUGUUAACAAUGUACUGUAGACAUCAAACUUAUGGCCAUAUUAAUAAAAUCAUUAAAAGGAGCACUAAAGGAAAA